AUGGCGCCUGGGCCGCCAAGGAGAAUAGACAUGCUGCGAGCUGCAGACCGGGAUGGAGAUGAGUCCGGGAGAAGUUGGCCAAGCUCUGACGAUGAUGGCGGCGGCCCACCUGUCACGACGGAGAUGAGAGCAGGGGGCUUUUUGCUCAUGCUGCUUCGGGAAACGGAUGCGGACCUGCUCGGAACGCUGGCCAACCGUUCGCAGGCGGAUCGGAUACCCUACCUAUAA